UCCCACCAUACAUUUUCUCUUUGCCUUAUCUCUUUCCCUCCAAAUUGAACUACCCUGUAAUUCCCAACUGCACAUAACACAGUUUCUACGAUCACCACAUUAUUUCUCCUUAUGGCUAGCAAAUUAGCCAUCACAUUGACGUGCCCACGUCCAUCUACCCCUCCUAGGCCACCUUCACUGCCUCCAAUAUAUUCUCUCCCCUCUCCUACUACAAGAGAUCGGCUGAUUCAGUUUCAUGGCCGGCAAUUGUACCUUCGGCGCCGGCUGUUCCUACUUCCCCCUAACGCCACCGCCGAUCAACAAGGCCAGGUUGAAGAAGAUGACGUUGUUGAUGGUAAAAUCCUCCAGUAUUGCAGCAUUGACAAGAAAGAGAAGAAAUCGGUCGGUGAACUCGAGCAAGAAUUUCUUCAAGCACUGCAAGCAUUCUAUUACGAGGGAAAGGCUAUCAUGUCAAAUGAGGAAUUUGAUAAUCUCAAGGAAGAACUUAUGUGGGAAGGAAGUAGCGUUGUCAUGCUAAAUUCUGAUGAACAAAAAUUUCUCGAAGCUUCUAUGGCUUAUGUUUCUGGAAAACCAAUCAUGAGCGAUGAAGAGUAUGAUAAAUUGAAAAUGAAACUAAAGAUGGAAGGGAGUGAAAUAGUGGUUGAGGGUCCACGAUGCAGUCUUCGCACUAAAAAGGUUUACAGCGACCUAUCUGUUGACUAUUUGAAGAUGUUCCUCCUUAACGUACCGGCAACUGUCAUUGCAUUGGGACUGUUCUUCUUCCUUGAUGAUCUGACCGGAUUUGAGAUCACAUAUCUUCUAGAGCUGCCUGAGCCUUUUAGUUUCAUUUUCACCUGGUUUGCUGCUGUCCCCCUCAUUGUGUGGCUAGCUCUGUCACUUACGAAUGCGAUUGUGAAAGACUUCUUGAUUUUAAAGGGUCCCUGUCCAAACUGUGGAACCGAAAAUACUUCGUUCUUUGGGACUAUAUUGUCAAUUUCAAGUGGUGGUUCCACCAACAAAGUCAAAUGCUCAAACUGCGGCACUGAUAUGGUAUAUGAUUCAAGUACAAGAUUGAUCACAUUACCAGAAGGGAGUAACGCUUAAGUUAAGGUGUGGGGAAGAGGACAUGACCUGGAUCUGUUGACUGUUGUGUAGGGACACCUUGCACACAUGGGUGCCAAUCUUCCGGGAACUGGGAACAGCUCAUUAAUAAAAGACGGAAGAAACUUCCAUGAAAAGUACUCAUCGAGACGUCCAAGUCACACACACCAUAGAUGGCGUUUCCAUAUUGUUAUUUUGUGUUACUGUCAUGCUUGUAACUUCUAAAGAAACGGGCUUUGUAUAGUACUUACAUAUGUUAGAAGAGGUUGCAAAUUUUCCUCGCUUCCUUUCACUUA